CUCGAUCACGACUUGUCGCUGAGGAUACAAUGUUCGGCAAUUGCCUUUUGCCGGAAAGAUAUUCACACUCAAGGAAAAUCAAGGAAAAAAAAGAUCCUGGUCCGGCUCUCGCAAUUUCAGAAGUUAACAGUUUCUCACACACCAACAUGUUGUGGAAAGUUCGUAUUGAUAUUGAGCAUUAUCAAUUAUGCGCUUUCUCAUUCGUUUACAUAGAAAAAAGCGAUUCAAAAGGCGAAACACUCCCUUUUGAUUUUAGUCGCACAGCCAAUAAACAGAUACUCCACAAACAUUCCGUGAUACAAAUAGAACAAAUUACUCAGCUUCCUCGUGAAAAGACGUGCAUUCAAACAGCAUCCCAAACCGAUGCGUUGCCUUCGCAGCCUUUAGUUCCAUUGAAUCCCAUACGAGUUUACAAGGUCACCUUAUAUUUACUCACUUGUUUGUAUGAGAAUUUGACGGGUCCGCUCAUCCCAUCUAUACUUCAAUAUGUCUGGAACAAAUUGUCCAGUGAAAGGAAGAAAAUAUCGGUCAGGAAGAACGUUCGAUAUGGUCCGAAAAAGUGUAAUCGUCUUGAUAUCUACCUUCCCGAUCGAGUCAAAAACAGUCGAGGACUCUCAACCGAUGAUUCACGUGUGGGAUUUCCUGUGAUCAUCUUAAUUAGCACUUCCUGGAAUUCUGGAAAUCGAGCGACCUGCAUUCCUGUUGCUCAGAAUCUUCAAAGUCAACAAUAUACCGUCAUAGUUCCAGAUAUCACUCUUUAUCCGCAAGGCAAAAUUUCGGAUAUGAUUGCUGACGUUCAGCAGUGCAUUUAUUGGACAAGCACCCACGCCCGCCAAUUUCGUGGUGACCCUUCACAGAUUUAUCUCAUGGGGCAUGCUGCGGGUGCAACUCUAGCGGCUUUAACCGUAAUUCAUGAUGCCUGUGCCGCAAUGCACGUUCUUCCGACCAACACCACGGGAGUGCAGCUUCCUGUUUGGAAUAAAGCUGCCAAGAAAACCUGUUUACCCAGAAUUCGGGGCUUGAUUCUAUUCUCGGGAUUUUAUGAUAUGACCUAUUACUAUGCUUACCUGUAUAAAUUAGGGCUCGAACACGUUCAUGCCAUGCCUCGAGUAAUGGGAAACACCUCUGGAUCCUUACUUCAAUGCUCGCCCACGUAUUUAAUCCAUCAUGCGCUGAAAAAUACUCAAAAGUACGAAAAGUUAAGGAUGCUGUUACCAGAGAAAGUGGUAUUAAUUCAUGGCGAAAAUGACACAUUCAAUCCGUCAUCAUCCGCACAAAACUUUUUCUAUCUACUUGAUUCAGCGGGAAUAUCGGUGCAACUUAAGAUUUACAAAGAUAUCAAACACAUCAGUCCACGUAUAGAUUUAAUUGUGCCGACCAAGAAACUGUGCGUACUUUUGUUGGAGGAUAUUAAAGAAUGUUGUCAAGGAGAGCAAGGAGAGGAACAAGUAAUAAAGAAAAAGAGUUGGGAUCAGCGAGAAGAAUGA